AUGUCCUCUCCCUUAUGUAUGAAUGAAGUCACUCUUAUGAUGUUAAUGAUUGAAAUAGUUGUAGGCAAUGUAAUGAAGGUGGUCAGGUGCCUCUUGGAUUGUGGAUCCCAACGAUCUUACGUUUUACAAUCCACAGCUGAAACUUUAAAUCUGAAAAGCACUUCCUCUGAAACUUUAACUCACGCGUUAUUUGGCGGAACAAGGACUGAGUCAAAAACUCACAAGAGAUAUUCUAUAGGUCUAAGCCCGGUUGAUGUCGGUGAGGGUCACCCGGAAAUAGAAAUCCUCAUAGGGAGUGAUAUUUAUGGGCAAAUACUUACUGGUGAAGUAAUUCAGCUUGAGGGUGGUUUGACAGCCAUAAAUACUAAACUGGGAUGGACGUUGUGUGGAGAAUCGAAAGGAACGAGUAUCCAAAGUUUUGAGGGUACCCCAUCUGUCUUAGUAACUAAUCUUCUUAUUCAAGACAUGGAACCUUCCUUUAUGUGGAAGUUUGAAACUAUCGGCAUUGCAGAUGAUGCGCAAAGCAUUUCCAGGGUCGCAGAAGAUCAAACAGCGAAAGAGCAGUUUCUUAGGGGCCUUCGCAGAACCGGAGAUGGUAGAUAUUGCAUGAGUUUACCUUGGGCUCUAAAAUUCCCUCCUGAUAUUCCCUCUAACUGGCAUAAUGCAGAAAAGAGGCUCUUUGCUACUACGAGAAAAUUGAGAAAAUUAAAUAAAUUUGAUGAGUAUAGUACAGUAUUUAACGAAUCGCUAGCGGAAGAUGUCAUAGAAAUUGCCCCAAAAUCAGUAAAGAAUGACGGAGGGCAUUAUUUACUACACCAUCCACUAGCAGCUGAAGAUCCAGUCUCCGCAGUUCUAGGCUUGCUGUGGGACCGACGAGAUGACAGCCUUACAAUAUCCGUCCAAAGAGAAAUCGUUAAAAGAGACUUAUCAAAAAGGAGACUAUUGUCUCUAAUCCAUGCUGUUUUUGACCCGCUAGGUAACUUUGUGCCCGUCAUAUUACCUGCGAAAUUAAUUCUUCAAGAGGCUUGGGCAACAAAAUCGACCUGGGAUAAGCCAUUACCGGAUGAACUUCAAACAAGAUUUGAGAGAUGGUACGAAAGGUUGCCUAGUCUUUCCAGCCUUAAAUUACCUCGUCGCAUGGGUCAUGGAAUUAGGGAUUCAUGGACUCUACACGUCUUUUGCGAUGCCAGUCAAGCUGCUUAUGCAACUGUCAUUUACUUACGAAGUAAGGAAGAAGACAAAGUUUUUGUGAAAUUCGUCAUAACAAAAUCACGGGUAUCGCCCUUAAAGAAAAUAACUAUUCCGCGUUUGGAGUUGCUAGCCUGUGUUCUAGGUGCACGCUUGGCAAGGUAUACUGUUGAAACCCUGUGCUUAGUGCUUAGUCGAGUGGCCCUCAAUUUUAGAGGCACUGCACCAGGCAAGGAUCCCUGA